AAGUGUUAUUGGUUACGCGAAGGAGGGUCGUACGUACAUACCAUACGAUACAAAUCAUAAUCGUCUUGUUUGUAUUAUUUUACGGAUGACUUCAUAUCCUGUUAUUGUGGUAUACUGCCGGUUGUGAUGUGUCAUAUAUUGUAGAUAACGUGACCAUAUCCUGUAGUUCAAGAAUAUUUUAAUACAAAAUAAAGGUAUCCAGACUGAACUCCGGUCAUGGCGGAAGCAGUGAAAGUAAUUGUAAGAUGUCGGCCAUUAAACGCCCGUGAAAUUGGGCUUAAGUGCAAAACAGUUGUAGUGAUGGAUGGUAAGAGAGGCUAUUGUGAACUGCUUAAGCCAGGUGGCAAUGACCCUCCCAAAAGUUUCACAUUCGAUGGAGCAUAUUUUACAGAAUCAACGACUGAACAGAUAUAUGCUGAUAUAGCUUAUCCUUUGGUUGAUGGUGUUUUAGAAGGCUACAAUGGAACCAUCUUUGCAUAUGGUCAGACAGGAUGUGGCAAAUCCUUCAGCAUGCAAGGCAUCACAGACCCACCAACUCAGCGUGGAAUCAUCCCCAGAGCCUUCGAGCACAUCUUUGAGAACAUCCAAGUCACUGAAAACGUCAAGUACUUAGUAAGGGCCUCAUAUCUAGAAAUUUAUAAUGAGGAGAUCCGAGACCUCCUAGGAAAGGACUCUAAGCUUAAACUGGACUUAAAAGAACAUCCAGAUAAGGGAGUCUAUGUUAAAGAUUUAUCAAUGCACACUGUUCAAAAUGUGAGGGCGUGUGAGAAGGUGAUGGAGAUGGGAUGGAAGAAUCGAUCUACCGGAGCCACUCUGAUGAAUGCGGACUCAUCAAGGUCGCACUCCAUCUUCACCAUUCAUGUUGAGAUGUGCGAAACAGACGACGGUGGGGAGGACCAUCUGCGUGCCGGCAAACUGAACCUCGUUGAUUUGGCUGGAAGUGAACGACAAGGAAAAACAGGUGCGACUGGUGAAAGGCUCAAGGAGGCAACCAAGAUUAACCUCUCCUUGUCUGCUUUGGGUAAUGUGAUCUCGGCACUAGUGGACGGGAAGUCCAAACACAUCCCAUACAGAGACUCAAAACUCACCAGAUUACUCCAGGAUUCACUUGGUGGCAAUACAAAAACUUUAAUGGUUGCCUGUCUCUCUCCGGCGGACAACAACUACGAUGAAACCUUGAGCACGCUCCGUUACGCUAACCGUGCAAAGAACAUCAAGAAUAAGCCGAAGAUCAACGAAGACCCGAAGGAUGCCUUGUUACGUGAAUACCAGGAGGAGAUUAAGAAACUUAAGGAGAUGUUGUCUGGCAAGAUUCCUGUUACUGCAGGAACCGCAGCUGCACCAGCUGCUCCACAAGCAGUACCACCAGCUGUUGUUGAUGAGGCUGCUCUUGAAUCUGAGAGAGAACGAAUAAGACAAGAAUAUGAGGAUAGGAUUCAAGACAUGAAAAAGCAGUAUGAAGAAGAACAGUCAAGUAAAGCAAAGCUACAGGUUGAUAUUGAUCAACUGAAGCAAUUCUAUGAGGAAAAGUUGGCUCAAGUUGAUCAGCCAAGAUCCCAGCCAGUUGUUGCAGCAGAUGUACAUGUUGCUCCGACAUCAUCUGAAACUCAAGAUGUUCAUUCACAGCAGGUAGCUGUAAGUGCAGGUGGAGUGGCACACCCGGGAAUCACAUCCCAGGUGGCUUCAUCUGAUAUACAACAGGUGUCAGUAACAGCUGCAGCCAAGGCGUCCAGUGCAAUAAAAAUACCCCAGGAACCAAGUAAUGGUGCAAUACACAUUCAAACCUCAGACUUUGAUGAAGGCCCUUCAGCACCAGCAUCCUCACCCAAGGCCACAGAAGCCCCAAUUAUACCAGUCUUGGACCAAGAAGAGGCUAUGAAAAGGAUUCAAAUGCUAGAGCGGUCUAUGGUUGGAGGAGAGCGUGCAAAUGAUGAAAAUCUAAAGCAGAAACGUAGAAAGAAGUUGAAACAUGCUGAAGUACGCAAACUGCAGCUUGCUAAGGCUAUUGCUAAGAUGGAUGAUGAUGGCAUUAUGCUAAAUAUAUAUAGCAACAUUGAAGACCAACUGAGAGCUAAGAAUGAACAGCUAGAGGGCAUGAAAGAAAAGAUACGUGCCGCUGAGUGCGAAAUCAGUGACCUGAACAGUGAAUUUGAAUUUGAGCGCAUCGAUUAUUUAGACACGAUUCGAAAGCAAGAGAAGCAAGUAAAGUUGUUACAGCAGAUCUUAGACAAAGUUCACCCGUGUCUACGCCGAGACUGCAAUUAUUACAAUAUGGAUAAGGUUAAGGCAGGCUCUACUUGGGACGAAGAAAGUGGCCAAUGGAAAAUUCCAGAAUUAACAAUCACUAAAGAUAAACUGCCAACAGCAGGUAUCAUGCCUGGUGGGCGCCAGCCUAUGGCUCGUGGUGGAAUGGUUAACGGCCGUGAUCGGUCUCCAGGCAAGUACCACCCAGUCGAGGCCACAAACGGACCACAUAAUCACUAUGAUGACGAAAACGAAGACCGCUUUAGACAAAAACUAAAUCAAGCGAGUCACGAUGCAGCACUUGAUUAUUUCAAGCCAAAACGAGCCAAUCAUCUCCUAGGUAACACAGCCUCUGUGCCCAAUGAUCCAGUACCAAUAGGGAGUCAGUUGCUUAGCAGAUCUUCAAGACCAUCAGCAACACCUCAUGCCCAGAUCAACGGUCCAUCAGACCCACUGAUGCGCCGUCCAAUGCGCCUGGAGGCGUUACCUCUUUCCAAAGGGAAGAAGAAGAAAAAGUCUCCAAAUUCUCUUGAACCACUCUGAUUGUGUGAAAAGUUAAUAAUUAUUAAUUAAUUUUUCAUACACAAUCUGGAACGAUGUACUCACAGCUGGUAUUGAGUACUGUAUAUGCUUGUGUAUAAGGCGAUCUACGUAUAAGAUGACCCCUGACUUUGAGAAGAUUUUUAGACAAUAUUUGUAUGUCAGGCAUAUGAGAUGACCUCUCCCCUUUCACCUUCAGAAUUCCUACCUUUUGCUGGUAUUUACGGUCUUGAUACUGCAUCAAGCUGGCUAAAAACUGAGCCAAAUGCAGUGGUAAUCUUCCAAAUGAUACCAUUUUAUGAGUUUUUAAAUGUUCAUCAAAAUCUUAUUUUUCGGUAUUUAAAAUUGCGCUCAUUCAUACUAUUAUUUAGUAGUAAAUUUGCGUGUUAAGGACGAUCCGCACAUAAGAUAAUUAUUUUAAGCCUCAUUUUAUACGCGAGUAUAUACAGUAUGUAUUCUAGUUCACAUCUUCAGGGUAGGCCUCUGUAUUUUUCCUACAACCUGAUUAUAUAUAAGAUUUUGAAACUUUUUAGUUGGACUUUAGUUUGCUGGCUAUCAUAUUAUUGUUUAAUAUCUUUUAGCACUUUUUAUAUUCAUUUGUAUAAUUCUACAAAACAGCAAUUUUUGAACGUCAGUCAAAAUGUAAAUUAUACUGCAUCAUGCACCAGUUGUAGCACUAGAGAUUUCCCGAUGAGACAUCCAUGGUCUAUACUGUGAAACGCUCUCUAUGGCUUUUUAAAUGAUAGAGUACUUGAGGUUAAAAGACUCUUGUCGCCAACGGUGUCUAUUGAUGCUGUUGAAUAGGAGAAUAACCUAUUCAAAAAGAUUUUUUAAAAUUCUGACUUACAAAGUUGGUUAUCUUACUCUUACAGAGGCAUUCCAAUUACUGUACUUUAUUUCUGCUUAACUAAUACUUGUCCUGAACACUCCACCUAUGAAUGUACUUUAACAUUCUGCAUCAAGUAUUCGUGAUUUGAAAUUUAGAUAAGAUGGCUGCUUGCUUCUGCCAUGUAUAAUUAAAUAAUAAUCUUCAACAUACUUGGUAAUUUAACUAAAUACACGAUUUUGUAAGUGUUAAAUUAUUAUUAGCAAUUAAUUGGUACCACCUUAAAAGAAGCUUCACUCCAGAGGAGAAAUAUGACCUACUGUAGGCAGAUCGACUUUCUUUGAUUGUACUUGGCCAGAGUUGACAUAGACACGUACACUAUUUUCAUUGUUUUAAGCCUAUAAAAUAUCAGUGUAUGUGCUAUGUAUUGACUAUGUCUGUGCAAACAUAAGCGAUAUAUUCUGUGUAUAAUAUAAAUAGAUAUAUAUGUAUAUUGAAUUGAGAUAAAUAUAAUAGAUAUAUAUUGUAUAUUUCUGUGCCCACAUGUAUCUUGAUUUCAACAAACCAAACACUUUUUUUAUGCAAUGUUUUGUAAUAUUUAUUUUGUUUUGUAGUGCAUUGAUUGGCUUUAUAUAUUCCGUCCACCUCUCCUAAUGUUGAGUAAUUUAGGAAUAUUUUUGGUUGUGAUGUGAUAGUUGAGUUGAAUCAUGCGAAUAAUUCCUCUGUUAGUUGUAACUGCCAUAUAAUGUGAGAUUAAAAGCAUAACAGGUUUUGCAUGUUACUCAUCUGCCACUACAGUAGCAAUUCAUAAACUUUUGGUUCAACCUAAACAGAGAAUGUGAAAUAUAAAAUGUAGAGAUUUUAAGGUGAAUAACAACAUAUAACAUGAGAUUAAAAUACGUAAUGUGAGAUUAAAAGUUACAAUAUGAGAUUGAUAUUCUUGAAAUAUGAGUUUAGUUUCAUCCAUUGUAUGUGAGGUUCGUAAUGUGAAGGUUAAUUCAGACAGUGUAAGGUAAACAUAUAAUGCGAGACACAUAAUGUGAUAUUAAAAAUAUGCAACGCGAGAUUGAAACUAAGGUUUACAACAAGUAACAUAAGAUACGAAAGUACAAGGGUAAACGCAUAACAUGAUUUAACCUUUUAUUAUGUGGAAAUAAUAUGGGGAAACAAGUUCAAAUUGAGUUAGUAAGAUUCAGUAUGAUGUUAGCUGGGUAAUACAAUACACAAAUCUAAAUAUAGCACAUGUCAAGUUAUGCGAUACUUAUUUUUGGCUUAUAUGUAGUAAUUAAUGAGUCCUGUGGUUGUUGUAUAAAUUUGUAUUGAUGUUAAUUACAAAUUUAAUAAAUCUACAAACUAUAUUAGGCAAAAAUAUUUGGUAGGUGAUGGUAACAAUAGAAUGACAGUGUAACAAUGCUUGAUGUAAUGCAUGUCAUGAUGUUGCAUAAAUCUCACUAAUCGAAAGCUUGUCAAUAUGUGAUUAACUUCCAGUAAUGCAUUCAUUGAUGCGAUACUCUCGUCAUUAACUUUGUAAUUCUGUAUUUAUUGGGUAAACGCUUUCUAUGUAACAUAAUGUUACAGGAGGUAUAUGUGUUCCUAACAACCUGUGUAUAAUGGUAGGCCUAUGUGUUCUGUAACAGGUCUAUUUGGUGUAACUAAUAAAAGCUAAUGACUUUGUUAUUAAAAGACGUAUGUGUUCCUAUAACUAUCAAAGCAGUUCAUUACUUAAUAUGUGCAAUAGAUAUCGUGUGUCAUUGAUUUUAACUGGAAUAAGAAAACUAUACUGUACUGUUUGUUAAAAGGUAGCAUUAUUUAUAUUUGUUUUGUGAAAGUAGUAACAUAAUUCAAGAACAUUUAUCUAGAUCAAAAUGACUGGAUGUUUUAGAUGAAUAUUGAAAGGAUAAAUGUUAUAUCACAGUAUCAAUUUAUUGUUUUAAUAAUAGUUAAUUAAUUUAUGCAUGUAACUGGAAAAUAUGCUCAGAUGGAGAUGCCAAAAAGAUAAUAUGUUUGCAUAAAUUUGUGACGUAGAUAAGGGAUAAAGGCAUUGGAUUUGCAAGUGAUCACAAUAGUUUUUGUUUUGGAAAGCACCAUGCAGUAUUUUGUUGUUAUUUUAUAGUUAGUUGUCCUAUAUUAUGAUUUCUCUUUUUUUUUACACCUAGUACUUAUAGUUUAAUAAUUCCGUCGAUUGUUUCUUUCAUCACAAUGUUGAUUGCAAUAAAGUUGCACACCUUAUUGACUACAUUAACGUUUCUGUGAAGAAAUAUACAUUAUUUUCAUAUUAAAAUUUUGUGUAGUGUUGUAUUUUUGGAUUUUAAUCCGAUGGUAUAGUUUGGCAGCUACAUAUCGCAUACAGUAUAUACCUCGUAAACUAUUAAAGCCAUUAUGAAAACA